GUUCCGCAAAUCCAGUCUGUUUUUGUUUUGACACCGUUAUUGUAAAGAGCUCUUCACACAAGUCCAUAAGAAAGGACACAGUCGUCAUUCUACACUACGGUUAAAACAUACGGGUGACGAAAUGGCAUCGGACUCCCCAUGCCGACCUAGUCGCUGUGCUGGAGGGGUUCUGGUGCGGGCACAAGCUGCUACGGAGCAGUCUUACAUGGAAAGUGUGGUGACCUUCCUGCAGGAUGUGGUACCCCAGGCAUACACUGGAGCUCCGCCCACUGAUGAAAAAGAGAAAAUCAUUUGGGUUCGAUUUGAGAAAGCUGACAUCAACGACACCGCCCGCAAUCCAGAGUUCAUGGAGAUGCACAGUGGAACUACUGACCCUCCUCUUUGCCUCAUGAUUGGCUACACUGACGGGAUGCAGCUCUGGAGCGUAUCUUUGGCAGGCGAGGCCCAGGAGCUGUUCUCAGUACGCCACGGUCCUGUUCGAGCGGCGCGCAUCUUGCCAGCUCCUCAUAUCAGUCCUCUGAAGAUGGACAGUUUUGCUGACAAGAGACCUCUGCUGGGGGUGUGCAAGAGCACGGGUUCCUCUGGGACAAGCCCUCCCUACUGUUGCGUUGACCUGUAUUCUCUACGGACGGGGGAAAUGGUCAAAUCAAUUCAGUUCAAGACGCCCAUCUAUGAUCUCAACUGCAACAAACAUAUUCUUGUUGUGAGCCUACAAGAGAAGAUUGCUGCCUUUGACAGCUGCACCUUCACGAAGAAGUUCUUUGUAACAAGCUGCUACCCCUGUCCAGGCCCCAGCAUAAAUCCAAUAGCUUUGGGAAGCCGCUGGCUAGCCUAUGCUGAGAAUAAGUUGAUCCGGUGUCACCAGUCCCGUGGAGGAGCGUGCGGUGACAAUGCACAGUCCUAUACAGCUACAGUUAUCAAUGCUGCUAAAACUUUAAAGACAGGCCUGACAAUGGUGGGUAAAGUUGUCACGCAGUUGGCAGGCACCAUUCCAGCAGGUACUCCGGAUGAGGAGGGCACACCUCACAGUGUGAUCCGCCGCGGCCCCCACAACCCAGGGGUGGUCACCAUCGUCGACACACAUAGUGUUGGCGAAGGACAGGUCUUGGUGAGUGAGGAGUCGGACGGAGAGGGAGUGGUGGCUCACUUCCCAGCUCAUGACAAACCCAUAUCCUGCAUGCAAUUCAACCCCAGCGGAAUGCUGCUGGUGACUGCAGAUACUCUGGGCCAUGAUUUUCACGUCUUUCACAUUCUGACCCACCCAUGGGCCUCAUCACAGAGCACUGUGCACCAUCUUUACACCUUGCAUCGAGGGGAAACUGAAGCCAAGGUCCAAGACAUGUGUUUUAGCCAGGACAGUCGCUGGGUUACCAUCAGCACCCUUCGAGGCACAACCCAUGUAUUUCCCAUCAACCCCUAUGGCGGUGCACCCUGUGCUCGCACCCACAUGUCACCUCGGGUGGUAAAUCGGAUGUCUCGCUUCCAAAAGAGUGCCGGCUUGGAGGACAUUGAACAGGAGCUCAACAGGGUAGCUGCGUUAGGAGGAGGAGCAGGAGUUGGAGGCAUCGGAGGAGGUGGCUGCAUCCUGGGAGGAGGAGGCAUCGGGGGACGCUGUAGCCCCAUACCUGGCAUGUCCAGCAGCCCCUCGGGGUCUCCACUGCAUGCCAAGCUGAGCAGCCAGGAUUCAUACAACAACUUCACCAACAACAACAUGGGGAACCCGCGGCUGGCCCCGCUGCCGAGCCUCACCGUGGUGCUGCCUCUGGCUCAGAUCAAACAGCCCAUGACCCUGGGCACCAUCACCAAGCGCUCCGGCAAAGCCAAGCCGCCCCCUCAAAUGUCCCCGAGCAAGUCCAGUGGAGGAGAGUUCUGCGUGGCCGCCAUCUUCGCCUCAUCUCGCUCCUGGUUCAUCACCAACCCCAACAUGAAAAGAGAGAAAGAUCCAUCCAAGCAGUCAGUCGUUGAGUCGUUGUACAUCAUCAGCUGCUAUGGAACAAUGGUGGAACAUGUCUUGGAGCCUCGGCCAAUCAGCACUGCUCAAAAGAUUAGUGAUGACACACCACUGGAGCUCAACACCUGCCCAAGGGCCUGCUGGAAUCUAGCCAGGACUCCACAAUGGAAUGAGUUGCAGCCACCCUUCAACUCCAACCAUCCCUUGGUGUUGGCCUCAGAUCUGGUGCAGUACUAUCAGUAUCUUCUGGCUGCGAUGCCCCCAGGAAGCCCCGGCCCGAUCACCCGCCACGAGUCGUCGGACAGCCUGGCGUCAGACCACAGCGUUCCUGAGGACGAGGAGUGGCUCUCUCAGGUGGAAAUUGUGACCCACACAGGGCCCCACCGACGCCUUUGGAUGGGCCCACAGUUUCAGUUCAAGACCAUUCACCCUUCAGGCCAGACCACCGUCAUUUCCUCCUCAUCCUCCGUCCUUCAGUCCCAGGGUCCCUCUGAUGUCCAACAGCCCCUGUUGGAUUUUGACACAGAUGACCUGGACCUUCACAGUUUCAGGAUCCAACCGGUACGUUCAGAGCCAGUCAGCAUGCCCGGCUCCUCCAGGCUGGUAGCUGAUCGCAGAGGGCAGGCCAACAUCAUGGACUCAGGAUCAGGUUAUUCCUAAAAAGGAAGCUCCUCGCUCUCCAAAUUACCAUUUCAAUUGAUUUGAAUUUUUUCCUAACCAGCAUGUCUAUCAUUUGUAUUGCCCCUUCAUUCAUCCAUCCAUCCAUCCUUCUCUUCUCCCUCACUACCCAAUCAUUGUUUUGUCAUUGGUGUGUGAGAGAGAAGAGGACAGGCGAGAGGAGGAGGAGGAAGAGAAGGCGGAAGAGCUGAAGAUGGCCAGCUUUCUACUUGUCUGUCUUUCUGUCUUGUGUUUGUCCAGGUAUGGCCUUAUGAAAAAUGACUGACCUGAGUCAUAUCCAUUUGAUGUAAAUACUUCUAUCUUACUCAAUUCCUAAAAAAAUGUUGUCAAGGAGCUGGAUGUCAUAACAGUAACUGUGACAGAAGUCGCAAUUGGUCAAUGGUAAAAUAGAUCAAAGCGAAACAGAUUUGAUUAUCACGUUCUAAGGCUCAUCCUUUUACUGUUAGUUUACCUACAGUAGGAUUGAUCAAAGUGUUUUACCUGCUUUUCAGCUUAUUUCACUCUAAUAAGAAUUCAACCAAAAAGUACAUAAACACUUUAAGUGGGACAGGAUGUGUAUUUUGUUUGUCUGUUUAUGUUCUUUUUGUGCAUCAUUAUAGGUGCACAAUAGACAAUAGAGUGGUGCAGUUUUUCGUAUUUCUGUAGGACGACCAGGACGUUAGCAUUGCAAGGACUCCCUCGACAAAUUCAUUGGUAUUUUUCUAUUGGAUUUCGAAAUUAAGAUCUUUGGCAAACACAGAUUAAUGAUAAUCACAUGUUUUGUAUAUACAUAUUAAGACCAUUAGGUUUUAUUUUGAAUGUGUAAAUACAAUGGCCAGAAGUAAAAAGCUAAAGGCAGACUUGUGUUUGGACUAAUCUUUAUUAGUCUCAUUUAGUCGCUCUUUUUAUGAAACAACAUUUGAAAUGCUAACUCAUUUCUGGGUUUUAGGACUCAUCCCUGCACCACUCUAUAUCGGUGUUUCACUCAAGCUGGAUGGUAUCAUCUGGACUAACAUUAACAAAGACAGAAACUAACACUGUUCCACAGACACUGCCAACUUUCUAGUGUUGGUGUUUCCUUCCUCUUCUGUUUGGCAUCUGUCUCCGACAAUUAUCAUUAUGUGACUGAGACAACUGAAAUAUAUGUUUUUGAAAUGUAUUAGGGUUAUUGUGGUUAGUCUUGUUAUUCUAAUGCUGUCGUCAAAACAUGUUUUAAAGAGAGGACAAUCAUUAUUUGUGUAAUUAUGUUAAAACACAAUAUAACACACAAAAGACUUAGAAAUGACACAACAGAGGUUACAUUUGCUUACACCAAGUGGGAUAUCAUGCCUGAUACAUGAUACAUUAAAUCAUUUAGUAAUGUACUUGUCUUUUUUGUUUGCCUUUAUAAUAGCGGCAUGAAUAAAAAAGAGAUCUAGCCAUCUUAAUUGUUUUUAAAUGUCAGUGUGAAGGUGAAUAAAAAUACUUCUGGAUUA